AUGGACGACGAAGACCUCAGCAAGCUGGGACGAAGGUUCCUCGCAUCUUCCUUGCAGGGAGCAGCAGGUGCCGCUGGUGGCAGCAUCACUGCUGCCGAUGCAGCUGCAGGAGCAUGGGGAGAAUCAGGCAACGGUCCAAUUGGGUGGGACGAAACUCACAGCGGCCCAUCUCGGGAGUAUGUGCAAUCAGUAAUAGAAGGCCUCAAGAGGAGGAGAGAGGCGCAGCGUGCCGGGGAGGGUGUGGGGGCAACACACGGAGCGGACGAGUGUCCGGUGUGUCUGGAGGUGGCAGAGGACGCGGUGUUCAUGCCCUGUGCGCACAUAGCAUGCCGGGAAUGCCUUCUCACCGCCUGGAGGCCUUCGGUCAAUGGCCCUUGCCCCGUGUGCCGGUACGUGUGCAUCCUUCUAGUAGGUCAAAGAUCAGCAGAGGACGCGGUGUUCAUGCCCUGUGCGCACAUUGCAUGUUGGGAAUGCCUUCUCACCGCCUGGAGGCCUUCUAGCACUGGCGGCCCUUGCCCUGUCUGCCGUCGGCAAAUCCUGCGCAGCCAGCUCAUCACAGUGCCACGUGCCAGCCGCUUCUCAUUGGACGUGGAGGCCAGCUGGCAGGACUCUGUGAAGGUCCGCCAGCUGCUACAGUGCCUGGGCGAAAUCCGGGCGGCGUCGGCUCGGCAGGGAGCGAAUGGGGGGGGAGGAGGGGAGAAGAGCGUGGUUUUCAGCCAGUGGACGGCGUUUCUUGACCUUUUGGAGAUUGCAUUCAAAAGGGCCAAGGUGCAGUAUGUGCGACUGGAUGGCAGCAUGUCACAGCAGCAGCGGGAGAGGGCAAUAAACGAGUUGAAGGAGAAUCCCAAGGUGGAGGUGCUGCUGGUGUCGCUCAAGGCGGGCGGCGUGGGGCUCAACCUCACUGCUGCCUCUCACGCAUUCGUCAUGGACCCCUGGUGGAACCCGUCAGUGGAGGAGCAGGCAGUGAUGCGUGUGCACCGCAUAGGGCAGACUCGCCCCGUUACAGUAACGCGCUUCAUAGUGCGCGACUCAGUAGAGGAGCGCAUGCAGAAGGUGCAGCUGCGCAAGGAUCAGAUGGUGCAGGGUGCGCUUAUGGACGAUGGCGCACGCAGCGCAAGGAUCAACGAACUCAAAAUGCUCUUCCGAUAA